AUACUGACAUGUUCCCAUUAAUAGUCCUAGCCCUGCUCGCUGGCGGAGCAUACGGCUGUGGCGUAUCCACCAACCAGCCAGCGCUGUCCAGAGUUGUAAAUGGUGCUGAGGUAGUUCCACACAGUUGGCCUUGGCAGGCCUCUGUCCAAUACACCUACAAUGGCUACUGGUACCACACGUGUGGAGGGACACUUAUUGCACCCAACUGGGUCCUGACAGCAGGUCACUGCAUUAGCUCUUCCUACACUUAUCGAGUGAUGCUUGGAAAACACAACUUCAGAGUUCUGGAGGACGGGCAGAAAACAAUCAGUGUUACUAAACUUAUCAACCACUCAAGAUGGAAUCAAAAUAAUCUAGGCAAUGGAUUUGAUAUCUCCCUCCUAAAACUGUCAGAGAGCGUGGAAUACAGCGACACCAUACAGCCAGCAUGCCUGCCCCCUGCCGGACUCAUUCUAUCACAUAACACUGCAUGUUACGUUACAGGAUGGGGUAACCUACAGACCAAUGGUCCGUCUCCAGAUCAGCUGCAGCAGGGGCUCUUACUAGUGGUUGAUCACGCCACCUGCUCCCAGUCUGACUGGUGGGGCAGAACUGUGAAGACCAACAUGAUUUGCGCUGGUGGAGAUGGAAUCAUCUCCAGCUGUUACGGUGAUUCUGGAGGACCUUUGAACUGCAGGAAUUCAAAUGGUGCCUGGGAGGUCCACGGUGUGGUCAGUUUUGGUUCCUCUCUCGGCUGUAAUUACUACAAGAAGCCCUCUGUCUUCACGAGAGUGUCCGACUUCAACAGCUGGAUCAGCACGACAAUCGCGUCCAACUAAAAACAUCCAGGGAUUCCUCUACCAGUAUUUUGUCAAGUAUAAACUGUGAAUAUUAUUUGAGAUAAUAAAAUCCUGUGAUUUCUUAAAUACACAUUUUCCUUAAA